GGUGUGUGGGAUUUUUUCUUUCUUUUGUUUAUCUUGUUAAUAUUUGUUUGCUCUGAGAAUCAGGGCUGUGAUGGAGCCAUUUCAGUGUUUACAUCUCCUUGGAAAUGUGAACUGAGGCUUCCUUGAGUGGCUGUGGAAUUGCCAGGCUGUGCAGGAAGCUAAUGCUAGUCAAAGUGCCCAGUCUCAAAUUAAGAGGACCACAGAAUGGUGUCACCUGUAGGUGGGAAGGAGGGGAAAGCUAGAAGAAUUCAUGGACCUGAUCAUGGGGAGAGGAGCUGUGAGCAGCAGGAAGGCUGCAGUGUUUCUUUGCCCGGUCUACCCAGCUUGUAGCAGCAAAUAGUUGUAGAAUCCAGUCUGAACUCAGCUGUGCAGAGCAGUGAUACAGGGUGCAGAUAUUUGUACCCUAGUUAGCUUUGUGUAUUGCUAAUCCUAGAGCUGGAAGCACAUGGAGGGAAUCACACAGCCAGCCAGGGUGGAGCUGAGCAGACUGAUGGUGGACGCACCGGGGUGCACAGAUGUAGGCAUGCUCUUCUUGGACCUGAGCUAGUUGGUGUGGAUGUAUGCUUCACUGUGAAGUGUGGAAAUAUCCUCAGCCUGAUAACCUUGCCCCGGUUAGAGGAGGAAGGGGCUUGUUCUACAGUUUGAGCCUUUCCUUAUCUAACGGUUUCUAGGUGAGAAAUCUCUUUGUGCUGGUCAGAGGGAAGAGAGUCUUAAAUCAGUGUAGUGCUCUGACUACCUGUGAGAUGCAUGUUCUCCACCAAGCCAUCUGCGGGCUUUCCAUGGGGCUUUGAACAAGCUUUUUAAUUUCUGUCCUUUUUGUUUCUCAGCUGUAAAAUGAAAACUCUAGCAGUGCUACUGUGCCUUGUCCUGUCUGCUUGAUGUUAUGAGCUUCUUGGUCAAGCGUCCGUGUAGAAUUUAGAGUAACAGAGCAGUUAGAUCUGUAGAAGUGCUGCAAUAUGGGUCUUGUAGCUUCUCCUGGGGACCUGUGCAGCAGGGAAGGAACAACUGCAGCGAUGGUGUGUGGUAGCUCAUGGUUUGCCAGCUUAGGUGAUGUGUAAAGUGUUUCCUCUUGCCUGAGGUCCGUCGUGAGAAAUGUACCUUUCUGUGGGCACCGGAGCUGUGCGCGUGCGUGCUUGCUCCAGCUGAGCUACGGGUUUCACUUUACCUCUGGCCAGAUGACUGGUGCAACUCGGAGGAAAUUCUUUUAUCAGUUGAAAUGUGAUUUCUUUUGACUCAAUUUUUGAUUGUAAUCGAUGUUACUCAUAUUUUAUCAAUAGAAAGACGUUCCCACAGAAACAUGCUAAAGUUUAACUUAAACUUCUUUUCAAAGCAAUUUUAGUUAAACCAGUGCAAUUUAUGCGUUCAGGUAAGUCCUCAGCACCUGGCCUGAAGUUCUGUCUCCUCUUCUUUACGUAAUCCUGGAGUGCCUGAGAGUUUGAAUUUUUUCUGCCUGAUGAGAAGGCACUUGGUGAAAGUGUGAUUGUUUUGCUUAUCUGUGCUUUGCUCAGCCACCUCUGCUUUUCCAGGCUAGGGAGCGCAGAAAGGCCCGUUUCUCUCGUGAUGGGACCAACCCUCCCUCACCGUCUCGCCUACUUGUACUGCACUGCUGGGAGGACACCAGGGAUGUGAGGUGCAGUGGUGAGUUGGUGCUGCUCCUCCCACUGCUACUGGUUUCUCCCUCUUGCGUGCAGGGCUUGAUUCCAAUUUUAGCUUCAGAGCUGUGGUGAGUGAUUCCUAGGUCUCAGCUGUCAAGUGAAAAUUGGUAUCCGACUAAACACUGGCCUGGUAUCUAAUCCAGACCUGCUUAAUUAUCACCUGCUCUCCAAAGCUGGGUACAGGGCUGUGAUUAGGGCAACGCUCUGGAGGCAGAACAAAGCGGGCGCUGCUGGAAUUCCCAGUGCAGGGGUCAGAUGCCUUUGGUAUUUGGCGACCUCCUCUCAUGCACGUGCGCAUGGGGAAACGCGUUGACGGUUACUGAAAGGCUGAGUGAUUUAUUUUUAUUGCAGGAUCUUUUUGAAAUUGGUGCCAGGAGCGACUGUCCUUCUGGCUCAGAGUGUUUGGAGCAGGGAAGGGAACCUAAACGUAAUAAGCAGUGUCAGUCCCUAAGCAGUGGUGAGCUGCUGGCCUGGUGCCCCUGACUUUUCUGCCAGCUCUUUGUAGCAUGAAUUGGGGGGAGUUGUUUUAUUUUGCUUUUGGGGAUUGGAUGUUUGUUUUUUUGUUUUGUUUUUGUUUUUGUUUGAUUUGGAAAUUUUGCUGUCUGUAGAAGACUUUUGCCUGUCCCAUGCUCCUGGUGAAGGAUGCUUCCGUGUGUGCUUGGAUUCCAUGCAGGGAGAGGGUGAAGAGAAGUCUGUGCUGAGACUAGUGGUGAAAGAAGAAAUCUCAGAUGACAAUGCCAAACUUCCCUGUUUCAACGGCCGGGUGGUGUCGUGGUUGGUGUCUGCAGAGGGGUCACACUCAGAUGCUGGGUCAGUCUGUGCUGAUAACCAAACAGAGCUGCCACCCUCCAUGGAGCGCACAGGAGGAAUUGGGGACUCCAGGCCCCCCUCCUUCCACCCUAACACCGGAGGGAGUAGGGAAAACCUGGACAAUGAGACAGAGACAGACUCGGUGGUGUCAUCGCAGAGGGAACGACCUCGUCGGAAAGAUGGCCCUGAGCAUGCACCUAGGGUGAACGGGACGGUGAAGGGAGAGCGGCGCCGAGACCUGGGCGGGUACGAGAGCUCCUCCACACUCAUGAGCAGUGAGCUGGAGACCACCAGCUUCUUCGACUCAGACGAAGAUGACUCCACCAGCAGGUUUAGCAGUUCAACAGAGCAAAGCAGUGCUUCCCGUCUGAUGAGGAGGCACAAGCGACGCAGGCGGAAACAGAAGGCUCCGCGGAUUGAGCGGUCAUCGUCCUUCAGCAGCAUCACAGACUCCACCAUGUCCCUGAACAUCAUCACUGUCACGCUUAACAUGGAGAAAUACAACUUCCUGGGCAUUUCCAUUGUGGGACAGAGCAAUGAGCGUGGAGAUGGAGGCAUUUACAUCGGCUCUAUCAUGAAAGGCGGUGCUGUGGCAGCUGAUGGCAGGAUUGAGCCUGGAGACAUGCUCUUGCAGGUGAAUGACAUCAACUUUGAAAACAUGAGCAACGAUGAUGCUGUACGGGUGCUGAGAGAGAUUGUGCACAAGCCUGGGCCCAUCACCCUGACUGUUGCCAAGUGUUGGGACCCCAGCCCCCGGGGCUGCUUCUCGUUACCUAGGAUUGCUCCCCAGCGGAUCUGGGCUGGGCCAGACUCUCCAUGCUCCGAUCCGGGUGAGCCCAUCCGGCCCAUUGACCCGGCAGCCUGGGUGUCCCACACAGCAGCGAUGACCGGCACCUACCCAGCGUACGGUAUGAGUCCAUCCAUGAGCACAAUCACUUCCACCAGCUCCUCCAUCACCAGCUCCAUCCCAGAGACCGAACGCCUCGAUGAUUUUCACCUGUCCAUCCACAGUGACAUGGCCACCAUUGUCAAAGCCAUGGCCUCACCCGAGUCAGGCCUGGAGGUGCGUGACCGCAUGUGGCUGAAGAUCACCAUCCCUAAUGCCUUCAUUGGUUCAGAUGUGGUGGAUUGGCUGUAUCAUCAUGUGGAGGGCUUCACAGACCGUCGUGAAUCCCGCAAGUAUGCCAGCAAUCUGCUGAAGGCUGGCUACAUCCGACAUACUGUGAACAAGAUCACCUUCUCCGAACAGUGUUACUACAUCUUCGGGGACCUCUGUGGCAACAUGGCUAACCUGUCUCUUCAUGAUCAUGAUGGCUCCAGCGGUGCCUCCGAUCAGGACACUUUGGCUCCGCUCCCACACCCGGGAGCCGCACCCUGGCCUAUGGCUUUCCCAUAUCAGUAUCCACCACCUCAUCCAUACAACCCCCACCCCGGCUUCCCUGACCCAGGCUACAGCUAUGGAGGGGGCAGUGCAGGCAGCCAGCACAGUGAAGGGAGCCGGAGCAGUGGUUCCAAUCGCAGCGGCAGCGAGAGGAGGAAGGAGAGAGAGAAGACUGGAGAGUCCAAGUCAGGUGGCAGCGGGAGCGAGUCGGACCACACCACCCGGAGCAGCAUGAGGUGUGAGCGUGCGGCCAGUGAGCGCUCGGUGCCUGCCAGCCAGCACAGCCAGCGCAGCCAGCACUCCCUGGCUCACAGUAUCCGCAGCCACCACCGCCAGCAGAAAAAAAAUCUCGAGCGAGGGGCCCCCCGGGGCCCCGGCCGGGCCGUGCCCUGGCCUCUGUGCCCCCAGAACUGA